UUUUAUGGAUGCUCCUCCGUUCUUCAUGUGCCAGCAUGGAGGACAACGUUUGAUGGCCAUGAGUUGUGUAGAGGAAAAAGCAAUAAGUAAGAAGCAUAAUCAGUGCUUUAUUAUGAAGUGCCUGUGUUCGUCUUUUAUACUCUCACUGUUAGCUAAACUUUUAGCUUCGUUUAGAUCCCCUCGCCGAUCAAUAGAAGCGCCACCUAGCGUCACUCGACCUUUGGGGACUUCAGCAGCACACAAUACGUUCGCCCGAGAGCAGAACGACCCGUCCUGCAAGACUCAGCGUCCGCUGUAAGCUUUCCACCCACAACACUGGGAACUUUCUCUUCUUCUGUUUCUGGACGAAACCGAUUGAACUUCCGGCCGCAGCGCGGUGCAUGUCGGGACGUUCUCCUCUCCUCCGUGCUCCCGGCUGGCGCGCACGCGCAAUGGGGAGCUCCAUCUUUCUAUCCCAACAAGCCGAGAGAAGAGCCAGGAGCAGUUGAUGGGGAAGAUUUUUAUUUUCAUUUUAAAGGGGCAGAACUUCAUUUUAACCCGCCCGAAGGCGCCGUUUCGCCAACCCCGGCUCUUCGGGACCGCGAAGAGGGACGCCAGAGAUGGAGGGGACUCCUGUUGGUUUAUAAAAUCUGGAAGAAGAAUCCAGAAAGCCCCUGUUUCUGUGCGCCCUGCUGCCUCUUAGCAACGCGGCCCCCUGCGCUCCGCUGCCCGGGCUCCUGCCUCGGCCCUGGCCGGAGAGGCUUCUCCGCUGCCCGUGUUCCUGCCUCGGCCCCGGCUGGAGAGGCACCUCCGCUACAAACUUCGCUGCUUUACGGACCGCUGGGGCGUGAUUUGAUCCCUUCUUUGCUAUGAAGACGUGAGGAAGGUAGGAGACAGUGACAGUGACACGCCACACCGUACUCGGGAGUUAAACCUGCAAGGCAAAUGGCCAUGUGGGCUGAGCCGGCCUGGAGUCGCUUCAUCAGAAAUGACAGCUCGUAAAGUGCACUCCCAGCAACUCUGUGGUCUCCUGUGACAGACCCUGCAGUCCACCACCACCCCCCCCACCUCACUUCAGCCCCCUGCCAUGUAUCUGUGAUGAUGGACACUCACUGAGAUCCUCUAUGUAGGCCUUCGCCCAGCCCCCCCGGCCCCCUCACCAACAGAGACCGAGUAGCAGGAGCACCAUGAGGGGCCGGGCCAUGCAGCUUUGAGCGCGACGCCGUCCCACCGAGACCGUGAUGUCAUGUGGUGUGCGGACGCCUACAUAUGUGUGAUAUCUCGCGAGGUGUCCUGAACUGGGCGACGACGUGCAGAACCUGAACCAUGAAUGGAGGAAGGGAGUGUGAGGGCCGGGAGAGGGAGGCCCCGACACCCACUGCCCACGUGCCCAUUGGCUGGAGGCGGGAGGCGGAUCCCAGCCAAGUGGUCUAUAUAAGUCCCAGUGGCUCUGUGCUGACCUGCCUGGAGCAGGUGAAGACGUACCUGCUGACCGAUGGCACCUGCAAGUGUGGCCUGGAGUGUCCCCUCGUGCUGCCCAAGGUAUUCAACUUUGAUCCCGGGGCUGCCGUAAAGCAGAGGACGGCAGAGGACGCCAAGGCCGACGAGGACGUGACCAAGCUGUGCAUCCACAAGAGGAAGAUCAUCGCUGUGGCCACCCUGCACAAAAGUGCGACUCCAAUUCUCUCCACUCAUUCAGCGAAUCCUCAUGCAGUAAGACAUAAAUCACAGGAGGGGGCGCUGACCUCCGUGGCUCUCAACUGCAAGAACCCCUUCAAGGUCCUGAUGGCAGCCCAGCAGACGGAGCUGAGCACGAGCCACCCCAGGCCGCGGCCUGGGAGCAGAGAGCACGGCCAGCGUUCCCCGUACCGCGCAGGCCGCAGCGGCCUGCUGAGCCCCGCCUCCUGCAGCACGCUGGCCUAUGGUGAUGGGCCGCACUCCCCACGUGCCGACGGCCUGGGGAGCCCCGAUGCGUUCACCCGGCCAGGCCUUCGCGGCAGCCCCGUCCUGCUUCACGCCCACGGCAGGACGCCACUGUCCCCUCCCACCGCCGCCCUGAGGCACAGCUCGCCCGUCCCCCAGCCAUCCUGCGCUUUGGCAGGAAGGACUAGUGUGUCCCUGUCCCCCACUGUGGCGGCCAAGAGCCCAGUCAUGAAGAAGUCCCCCUGCGUGGAGGUGCCACGCACUGUCUACAACCACAAGCCCCACCCCCCAGCCCAGUCACCCCUGCCGCCGCCCUGCGUCCUCCAGAAGAAGCCAGUGUCCUCGGAAAAAGACCCCCUGGGCAUCCUGGACCCCAUCCCCAGCAAGCCACUGGCUGUGAGCGCGCCCGGCUUCCCGGCCAGCCUGCACCCUCAGGUACCGGCCAUGAAUGUAAACAUGCCCCCAGCCAUCGUCCCGCUGCCAAGCAACCUGCCCCUGCCCACAGUGAAGCCCGGGCCCAUGGGCCAUGGUGGUCACCCACAGCGGCUCCAGCAGGCGGUGCCCGCCGCGUCCAUGCCACCCUCACCAGUGACCUCACCCGUGCACAUGGCGGGGCCCGGUGUCAGCCGACUCGAGGCCUCUCCGCAGAGAUCGCGCUCCUCUUCAACCUCCUCAGACCACGCGGGCUUCUUUGCCCCCUCGGGCCCCCACCGAAGGCGCCCCCCCCGGUCACCCCGGUCCUCAGUGGGGUCGCCACGGCCCUGCGUGCCCUCCAGCCCUUCCUCCAAGCCUGACCAGCUGCUGGCGGCCAUGAACAGCGUCGUGGGUGGCCAGGCUGGCUCCAUGUUCCCACCGGCCUCCAUGGGCAGCGGGCCGCAGAAAAGCCACCCAGGGCUGCUGGGGAUGCCACUGAACCAGAUCCUCAGCCAGCAGAACGCCACCUCCUUCCCAGCCAGCAGCCUCCUGUCGGCAGCCGCCAAAGCACAGCUGGCCAAUCAGAACAAGCUGGGAAGUGAUGGGGUCGGGGGCGGGGUUGGGGACGCUCACAGCACUUCAGCUCCCAUGCUGCCCGCCAGCGAGGGCCAAAGCGGCCGCGCGGCUCUGAGGGACAAGCUGAUGGCGCAGCAGCGGGAAGCCAUACACAAGCGGCGACCCCCCACCGAUGCCGUCCUGGGCAUGCUCAAGUCCCACAUGGGCGUGGCCAGGCCCCCCGCCCCCCAGAAGCCACUACGGAAAGCCCCGCCCCCGCCAACCUCCAUGGCCCAGCUGUUGCAGACCAUGAGCUGCCAGAACUCGCAAGUCCUGCCUUCCGGAAGCAGUGGGCCUGGCAGGUUCGGUCCCAGCCAGCAGAGCGUGGUCACACCUCAGCAGCUGCACGUUAGCGGCAACAUCCCAUACCGCUUCUGCGGGGACACCGGGCUGGUCCAGGGCAGGGGGCACAGUCUGCAUGGACCCUUCACAGGGGUAGCCGGCCAGGCGAUGGGCUUCAGGCUGCAGGGAGCAGGUGGGCGCCUGGGGAAUGUGACAUUGGGCCACCAGAACCCACACAGCCACUCCCAUCAGGCCCAAGGCUACGGACAUAACAGGACGUCAGCUGGGCCGCCCGUUGCAGCGCCCAACGGCGACGGCUGCACACAGCUGGAGCAAGGGGACACCUCCUCCCUGAGCUGUGCCCUGGGCAGCCCGCAGUUGUGUCAUCUCCAGUCCCUAGUCGGCCACGGCCACACGGCCCCACAGCAAAGCCAGCUGCCACUCGCUACAGGCCCUGGGGGCCCUGGCUUCCAGAGCACGCACCCCUUCACGGACAACGGCUUCCCCGAGCCCCCUCCCGCCAACCCCAUGGCUUGCCUCUUCCAGAACUUCCAGGUGAGUUUGCGGGGGGGCAUAGCAGUUCCCAGCAAGCAUGCCGGCUCCCAGUCGGGAACGUCAUCACUCCCUGAGGCAGCGGGGGCCACAGCGCUCCAGCAAAUGCCGGAUGGCGUUGGCGAGCCACGUCCCCCGAACCUGGCGCCCCCCACUGGCCCACAUGGUGCUGAGGGUCUCCCAGGGGGACGCGUAGACUCUGUGGACGCCAUCUACAGAGCGGUGGUGGAUGCAGCCAGUAAAGGCGUGCAUGUGGAGAUCACGGCCGCUGUGGGUGGAGCCACUCAGGGCAGCCCCGUCCCUGCCCUGAGCGCCAUGAGUGCCUUUGCUGGGGAGCCCGUCAGCUUGGCACAUGCCGUCAGCACCGUCGCCCGUGGCCAACGUCCGCCCUGCCAGGAGGCGGAGCCCCAGCACCAGGCACGCCCACACAGGAACUCAGGACAAGGCCGUGGUACCCCUGACCCUGCCCGCUUCCGUUCUUCUGGUCACGGCACCCCCCGGAGGCAGUGGGAGUUGGAGGCAUUGGCCAACAACGGCGGUACUCAGUGGUGGGGGGAUGAGUUCCUGGAGUGCUCAACGCACGUGCGGAGCAGCCCCUGCUCGGGCCAGCCCCCUGGCUCCGUGGAGCGCCCCCCCUUUUUGGAGGAGAGCCUCCACUUCAGCAGCUGCCAGCGGGCGGUGGAGCGCUGCACCUAUGUGAACGGCGGCCCCCCGCCCCCUGUCCGCAGCUAUGCCGAAGCACUGCCCCCCCCCAGGCAGGAGCUGCCCUCUGAUGACCAGUCACCCAGCUCCUCCACCAGCCUGGAGGGCCCCCUAGCGAGGGACUACAGUCACUACAACGGACACUACAAUGGUUGCGCGCCCAGCCCCACAGACACCAAGAGCUUGAGUAGUGAGGAGGAGCUACGGCAGCCCGACUCCCCUGGGGAGCUUCUGCACUACCGGCCACCGCCGCCACGCACACUCCACAUGGGUGACCUCAUGUGGGGGCAGAUCAAGGGCUUCCCACCCUGGACGGGCAAGCUGGCGGCUGUGGACCCUGGCCUCCACCCCGGCAUGCACAGCAACCAGCAGGCCAGGGUGGAGCCAGAGAAGUUAAAGACACUAACGGAGGACCUGGAGGUGCUUGACAGGGCCUCCAAGCUGAACCGAAAAGGUGGGAAACUGAAUAAUCAUCUGCAAGCUGCUAUCCACGAGGCCAUGAGUGAACUGGACAAGAUGUCGAGCAGUGUUCACCAAAUCCCACCAAGGGACAGACAAGUCAAGCCCCCCAAGCCUAAGAGGAGGAAAAUCUCCAGAUAGCAUUGAAUGUGUCGGCCCCCGCUCCAGUACCAGUCAGCUGUGGAACUCUGUACCAGUCAAGUCUUGACCAUUUAGCUGCCUCCCUCCCUCUCUCCCACCCCCACCCUGGAGCUACAGUCCAGCAGCGGUACAGUAUUCAACCCAACCCCCCCCCCCCCACCCCCCACAGGCACAGUCUGACAGUGAGAGGCCACUGGACAAACACAGAAACUGUAUAAACCAUAGUUGCAAUUUGUCAACAGCUUGCUGAAGAACUAUUUUUUUCUCUAAUAUACUAAAACAAAAAAAAUUAAUCAUGAAAUGAGAUAAUAGACAGUCCAAAUAUUUCUGGUACAUUUUCAGUAUGUAUAUAGCCAAUGAAAAAAUUUCAUGGUAAUAUUCUGGAAAAAAAGUAAUGUAAAUAUUGUAUAAUAUGGUCAUGUACAAGGAAACCUAAUGCACACUUUUAACUUUUAUUGUACAAAACAAAGGUGAAGAAAGUGUACAGAAUCUUUUGGUUUUUAUUCAGUACAGUCAGUAUGACGAAUGGGGUAAAUAAAAUGAGUGCGUACGGCUUUUAUACAUGACGACUGGCAUGUAUCGAGCUUCAGAGACGGCCUGCUCGUAUGACACCUGGAUCGCUGUGUGCGUGAGGAUCCGGUUUUAUGGGCUGGAAGUGCUUCGGGGCCUCAAAGCACAACCCCCAGCCCCCACGAGAGUGACAGACAGCAGGCGAGCAAGCCCCCUGCCCAUCGGGGCCAGCCAGGAAACAUGAUCCCGUCACGUGAUCCGGGGAGCAGAGCCGUGUAUGAGGGAAGACCCUGACAGGCUCACACGUGCCGGCAUACUGAAAACCUGUUUGUACUUCAAAAGUAAAUCACUUAUUUUUCUUGAAUAUUUUUGAUAUUACAAAUAUCAAGUAGAAUUUAAAUGCUAGAGUCAUUCACUUUUAAAAUAAUAGCACAUGUGGUUUAAAUCUUUGUAGUCCCAUUCUUAUUACUUGCUGAAAAACAGUACAUACAUUUUUAAUUUAUUUUUUUGUUUUGCAAAUAUUACUUGUGUGGCUCAUAUAGAUCGAAGAAAAUUGUGUCGAGUCAUGGAAAUUAGCCGUUUAACCCCUGGUGGGAAGCCUGAGGAGUUUCCCUCUGAAGAUGAUGUAUUUCGGGUCAGCAGCCCGGUCUCUGCCUGGAUUCUGGUUUGUGGUUGACGCGGCAUUAAUUAAAGCAGCCAAUGAACACGCAGCUCGGUCUCCCUUUACCUUUACCGGCUCAUUGAUGUUAGCCGAGUGAGCAGGUGCUGUGAGUGACCUAUGCCUUACGUAUGUGUGGGGCCCCCUCUGCCAAAGUGUUACUGUCACUCUUUCACGUUGUUUUAAAUAGGGGCCUUAAUCAUUUCUGUUGUUUUUAAGUUAACUUUUUACUGUUGCUGUUCUUGUAAAUUAUUAAUGUAUUACAUAUUUAUUUGUAGCUUUAUAAUUGUAAUAGUUGGCAAUAAUACUAAUAUGAGUUGUAAACUCUGACAAGCCUUAGAGUAUAUAUUUUUUUAUUCUCUCCUACAAGAGAAACAGCUUAUUACUCAGUUAGCUGUUAAAUGGUAUACAUGUUUAUUUUUCAAUAUUUAAUAUGUGCGUGGUUUUAUGGAGACAUCCGGUACUUGUUUCAUUUUUAAGCACUGUGUCUUUUCUCGUUAAUGCCAUCCUGCCCUGCUAUCACUUCCCCUGGCUUUGACCCAAACGUGGCGUCAAGAGUCCCUCUGUCACCUGAAUAUGGUGUUCAUUUGGGCUCUGACCUCAGACAGCAGGUGGCGCCGGUGGCUGUGACAGCAGGCCACAUUGACUUGAUAUGGCUUUUGUGCAUAGCCUAUGCAUGAGCUUGUAUGCCUGUCGCAAUAAUGAAAAAGAAAUAGGGAUUUGGGAGUAUCCAACAGCGGAAACGUUUUAAAAGGAUUUAAAUGCAGCCAUAGCAUAAAACUACAGAUGGGUAGAUCGACGUCACUUUAUAUACAUAUGGAUCAGGGCACAGCCAAACAUGACACUGACAGGGGAGACCCAAACAAACCCACAAUGUAGCAGUCGCAGCGGCAAGGCCCUCGGCGGGGCCCGGUUUUCAGCACUGGGGGGACUGCGAGAAAUGGGCGGGGCUGGAGUAUCUCUCUCUGGGCCAAUGGUAGGCGAGCAGGGCUGUGGGGGGCGGGACAGAGGUGACACAAGAGAGUGCAGUGCUGCACAUUUCUACCCUGCGAUCGACUACACUGAUCUCUAAUUCUGAAAGCGACUCCCGCUAUUCGCAGUGUUAAUGAAGGCGGUAUGAGAGAGACGGGCUCCAGUGAGACUAGGAGUGAUUCCCACUUUUCAUUUCGCAGGAAGUUUCUUAAAAGGCAGUCACUGUGACCGUACAAACUAUAUGGUUUAACCCUCAGCUUAUCCAGUGAAGACGCUCAUUAGGUUUGUUAAGUCUACCCCCUAAAAGUGUCACAGGAAAGUGCAAUAGGAUAUUAUCUGCAAACACUAGCAAAACUAUUUUUUAUCUUUGUUACGGCAUACUUGUAGAUGAUAAUGUAAUUACUGUCAAUAAUGUAAUCAUUUGUAAUACAUUAAUGGUAGUUAUUGCAUAAUUGGCUGCUAUACCAGCAAAUAAUGUAAUAACUUUUUGUGCAUAAUGUUAUUAAAUUUUUGUUUCAGAAAUGGUUUUACAUUGUUGGUAAGUUACACAAUUAUCAACUACAUUUAAUUACAUUAAGAAUUUCGUUAUUGGAAACUAUUUAUUACACUAUUGGCAGUUAUUACAUUAUUGGAUGCUGUAGUCCUCAUGCAGUUUCAGUGUGAUGGCAAUGUGAUGGUUUUGGAAACCUCAGCUAGCAUAGGUGAUAUGGAAAGGUUUGAUCCUCUGGUCAUUGCGGUGCUUUUACUGUAGCAAUCCCAGAAUGCACCAGGGGAGCUCACAACAAGCCCACAUAACCGUAACUAGGAAGAAGGUGCUUCAGACCUGUUGGUGCGUUCGGCAUAGAAAGCAACAGCAACAGUCCCAUGUCAUGUUCUCAGCAUCCAACAUGACAUCAAGUCAGAUUGCCGCCGUCAUUUUGUUUGAAGUGUCCUCCACAUUGCCAUUAUGCUUUUCAGUGUCCCUGUGUGUUCUCACCAAUGUCUACUUUACAACACUAGUCUUUGUAAAGUACUUUUGUGCACUUGAUUUCAGUGGUUAGAAAUAGUAUCAAUGUGCAAGCUAGGGUCUUUCCUUAGAUUUUAAGUGAGAAGCAGUUUCAUGUAAAUAUCGUGAGCGUUACGAGUCAUGCAGUGAUGUAACAUUUAAACAACAUUGCACCAUCUCAACUAAAAAAGGUUACUUGAUUUUUUUUGUUUGUUUUUGUUUAUGCGUCCCGGAUAUACACAUAUCUCUGGAUUUGACAGGAUUCAUUUUAGUUUUGAAAGCAGCAUUUGAACAUAGAGCUGAUCAGACUUGGUUACUUUGUUUGAAGUCUUUCUGUGGUGUGUUUAACAUCUCCAAAGGGAUUUGAAAAACAAACUAUAUAUUGCAUUCAGUUGCAAUAAAAUGAUACUGUAUUGAAUAUAUUGUGUUGUAACGGCAUGGUCCUGUCUGAUUGCUUUCUGGGUCGAGCUGGUUGGUUCUCCCACAGCAUCACCUGGUACAUUGUCUGACUGGGAGAAAGUGCGGCUCACCUGCUCUUCCCUGUUGUCCCUUAAAGAUUCAGUACAUCACAGCAGAGACUGGUUUUCUUCACACUCAGAGGAGUGAGACAGAGGAGACAUUUUCAUUAACACAGUGUGUAUCUUCCCAUCAGACUUUGUAUUUAACAUAUUGGUUAUGCUGGUUGGGGUGGAAAUGAAAAUGCCCGUCUAUUACGUGGAAUACGACACAAAAUCCCUUGUUAAAAAAAAAAAAAAAAAACACUAGCUACACAGGGGUGGGGGAGGGAAGGACUUCAGUGCUGCUGUGACUGUAAUGUCAGUGCCCUGGCUUUAGAAAACAGGGAUUCGGCCAUUUUGGCGCCGAGCAGUGAUCUAAGCAGCGGACGCGACGAUUCCUAUGCACUGUAUCAUC